AUGGUGGGACUUCGUCGAUCAAUCGAGUCUCCUCGGUUUCGCUUUUCUUCUGCCGUCUGCGAUUCCCGCGCCCAGCUCUGGGAGACGAAGCACGAUGAAGCCCAGAGGUCUGCCCGCAAGCACAGCCUUGGACGAGUGGCUGCGUUGGUUUCGGCAAAGCUGAAUCGGCCCGUCGCCGAACGUCACCUGCCAGAGCCAUGGCAGUUUGGCACAGACGAGAUUGUGCCGUUCCCAAGACUGCCAGCAGGCCCUUCACUGGCCCAGCGCGAGGAGAGUUUCAGUGCACAGUCUUGCAGGCGUCAGGUGCGAGACGUUUUGCUAACGUCCUGGCAAGAAGCGUACGAGAAGUCGGUGGAGCUGUCAUUGCAUGAUACCCUGGAAGCGAGACGAUUAGCCUAUGCUGAGAAUGCCUGGCGGGCGCUUGCGCAACCCUACCACGUCAGGCUGGAAGGCCCACUGCGCGAGGAGGCGAAUUGCUUGCCAAUGGAGGGCAUCGCUGAAAGCAAUGCCGAGGGCACCGCAGACGAUGCGACAUUGGGUGCAGGCAUGUCAACAAUCCAGGUUGAGGAGUCCUUGCAAGAGGAUCUUCGGCCUGUUCCAGUUAGCAGGUUAGAAGCUGCCUUGCCACCUGCACCGGUGCCCAGACGCGCGCAGGCGAAAGGCAGAUGGCCCUUGCGACGCAAGACGAGCCUUGAGGAGCCACAGGCCCCAUCGCCGAAUCCUGGCGUGCUCGGUUUCGCAUCCAAGGAGGAUGCGGAGAGGUCCAUGAGAGCCUGGCUGCGUCUCGAGCAAGGCGACCGCGAGCCGGAUCAGGGUGACGGUCACGCUCAGAACGGUGUGGGCGAAGGUGAUGUACGUGCUGUCACCGGCGGUGGGCCCAACACGCGGCUGCUGCAACCAUUGCCGAAACAGCAAGCUCGCACGAGUUUUGCAUCAGCUGUCAGCUCGAUUGAGAGUGCCUUGCACGACGAGGUGGCCGCACGAGACUCAGCUGACUCGGCGCAGUCCGGUUCGACAUCCGCUGACUUGGAAGCUUCGGAGAGUCUCGAAGUCAACUCGUCCGACAUGGAGCUACGUCAGCAGACUCCUUACACGGAUCUGGAGACGGAGGAAGUCUUCAGGGAGAUCCAAAAGCGAGAGCAGGAGCAUCCUCCACAGCAACCACACUUGAGCCAAAUUGGGCAUCGGCAGCACUGGCUCGAUCUAAUCGAGCACAGGGUGUUGCAGCAAGUGGUGGUGAGCGAAUUGAUUGCGGAGCCCGGCGGCCACGCUGUCCGAGCAAGACGCGGCGGGCGCGGGCAGGUCACCAGCCAUCCAGGCCGCAUCUCAGCGACAAGGUGGAGGAGCAAGGAAGCUCUCUCCCGGUGGAGGCUUUAG